AUGCCCACCUUCAAUGGCGAUGGGCUGGUGCCCGUGGAAGCUCCCGAGGGUCUUGCGGCACUGGCGAUGGUGAACGUGUCCUCCGACAGCUCCAGCGAGAGCGAGAGGGAAGAAGAGGCGGAGGAAGAAGAAUCUGACUCUGAGGCGACUGGCGAGGAGUCGAGGGAGUCUUUCCCUCGGCGCAGGUCCCAGGUCCUCCGCUCCAUGCUGGACGAUGAUGAGGCCGGCGCCAGGCGAGGAGGGGAGGACUCUCCCUUGGUCGCGAGGAAGGGCAGGUCGGGGCUGGUUCCCCAGGAGACCAAAACGAAGGCCUCUGGUAAAUUGGGCCAUCGGCCGGCCCAUUAUACAGACGAGCGACCAUGUCCAUCGUGUCCAGAAGACCGGUUGCUGCGAGAGAAAAAAGGGGAUCAGACAGAGGAGGGGAUCGAUGCAGCCACUGCGGGUGAUGCGGGGAUCGCUAGUCCAGUCAACGCGGGCGAUCGAUCUACAAAGGACAAAGGAGGGGAUCCAGCCGACGCAGCUGAUUCAAGCCGACCCUUCGUCUGCAAGAAACUGCUCCACGGAGAUUUCAAGGGCGCAAUUAUUCUUCAGUUUUUGUGCACAAUUCAUGGCGGGGGUGAUGUGCAUCUCCUUUCCUCUACCUCCGGGUACAGGUGCAUACAUUCCUCAAGAAUAUUGGCCGGUGAACCAAGCCUUAUUGAGAAAUUAGUUAGCCUCUCCAUGGCUCAGGCGGAAUAUUCGAUUCGUAAAUGUUAUAUAUUGAAUAUCUGAAUGGACCUUUCCUUCUUGUGAUACUAGCAAGACAGUGUAGCCAUUUGAUUAAAGGAAACAUGAUUUAACUUGUGAAGCUGAGCACCCAAACAGGAUUUAAUUUGUGAAGCUGAGCACCCAAACAGGAUUUAACUUGUGAAGCUGAGCACCUAGCACCAUAAAAAAUUGGGACAAAUAUAAAACCAACAUGUAGUGAACUAUUGUCAGAAUGCAUGGGUAUUAUCAGUACAACCCACUGUAAGUGAGCUUAAAGGGCCAGCUUUUCAUUGAUCAAUGAUUGAGAUCUGUCUUCACAUGUGAACAUUCAGAAUUUGAGUUAUUUAUUUCACUAAUACAAAUUUGUUAUGUGUUUACCACGGACAUGUGUGUAAAUUAAAAGAAAACGUCCUUAUUUAUGUUGAGUAAUUUCGUACAAGGAACAUCUUUUAUACUUGUAUAAGUCUUAUGAGUAUGAUGACACACCAACAAUCUGAUCUUUCAGUGUAAUUUUUAGAUUGCUCAGAAAGAAACACCUAACAUAUAACUGAUAGAACAUAAGCAUUACUUAUUUCCCUACCAUAGUGGUACCAUGUAAGACACUAUCUACAACUGUUGAGAUGUGAUUGCAUCCUAAUGUUAUUGUCACUUCAGUUCUCUGCUUUGAAAUCCGAAGUUUGAGAACCUCAUAACCCUAGGAGGUAAUCUUUAUCAAAACAAACAAACAAACUACAAAGGUAAAUUGACAAAAUGUUGCAUUGUACUCAUAGAUAUAUUUUGUUUCCUCUUUAUGGUCCCCAAAGAGAUGAUGUCGUAUUUUGAAACACCAUUGCAUAAGGGAGUGGGUGGUCGUCUACUCUAGCAUGGAAGAACACCGAGUAUGAAUGGCACUGUGUGGUAGAACAAGUUUUUGGAAUAUUAGUGUAAUGUUACUGGAUGAAGCAGUGUAAAGCACUCUGACAACUAUUGAAGCAUUUCUUUUAUUCUUUUUGGUGAUAUUGAUUUAUGUUUUGGUUUGUUUCAUUAUUGUCUUGUUUUCCAUUCUCACAAUGUUAAUUAUAUGUAAAUCAGGAUGUUUAAUUUCCAUUGUACGUUGCUAGCAUUUUAAAUUUCUCAAUUAAUAUUUGUUAUUUGCUCAAGAUGGGCCUAAAGU